AAACUAUGUUUGUUUGCCUUGUUGGUGUUGGUAAUGGUCUGUUUGCCAUUCGGAGUACCGUAAAUCCUACCUUGUUUCGGGAAAACGGCAAAGAAAAUCCAUUGAAACAUCCUUCAGAACUAGCUCAGAGUACAGUAAUCUCUAUCACUGAAGCGCUCUUACGGUACAAUAGUAACAAGGCCCGUGCGAAACGAAAAGUCCAUCGCAGUUACAUUCUUACGUUCACUUUCGACGUCUUCUGCGAGUCCGUUSUGUCAUAGCUAAGUCUGUGAUGAAGACAAACGAGUUUACUAUAAACUCCUUUAUCGAUCUACUCAUUAGGAUUGGAAUCGCUCGRCCAGGGUACCRAAGGUAACGCCUUCUUUACCGCAUUCUUCCAGAAGAUCCUUCCACGGUUGCGGUGACGACUCUUGUGCAAGAUAGUACAAUUCGGUCACCAAAACAGUGAAGGCCCGGACCUCUACCAUUUCAACCAACUCGCCAAAUUUCGAGAGAUCCCUAUCAUUGUCGAUGUUGUUGAUUUCGUCUUCGCUGUAUCGAUACCGAAACGCGGCCCCGAAAUCACUGACCUUGACAGAAUACUCUGYUUGUGGUUCCGUGGCACUACUCGCAGCAGGACGGAUCAAGAUGUUGUGCGCGUAAAAAUCGGCGUGGCUAAUCCCCAGUCGGUGGAGCUUGGCCAACACCCGAAGCGUGUCCAAGGCAAUCUUCCAAAGCGGAAAGCCAUCGAGCGCGGCCCGGUCUUCGUCGGAGUAAACGUCUCGAGAACACGUGGUCAUGCUCGGUGGUCCCGCCAAGGCCUUGUAGCCCUCGAGGAAUUCCAUUACYAGAGCCCCACCGACUUUCGUUUCUCCCAAGAGGUCAAUUAGGGCAGCUUCCUUGGCACCUCCGGCAGACGAUGCGCUCGUCACCACCAGCUUGGAAAUGUCUUUUUCGUCCUGCGGGGAUCCAUCGGAGGUCAGCGCUCCGGAAAAGGUUUUGACGGCCACRUCCUGGCCUUUCCAAGGCACCUUUCGGGUGACGCCCCCGGCUCCCCUACCCAGAACCGGCCACGAGUCGUUGUCCAGAACGGGGUCGUCGAGCACGGGCAGUGCCGUAUUAUUGUUUUGGUCGGCAAAGUGAUUCGCCUUUUUCUUCGCGUCUUCUAGGAAGGGAUUCCCGGCAAAGGCUGCCCAGCGAAGAUUCGGACAAGAUUCSAGGAGCUCCGUCGGCGGAGUCUGCAGCUGGUUGCAGGCCAAUCGAAUCAAUUCGAGGUUUUUCAGCUUGGAAAGCACCGGGCGGGGUGGGAGUUCCCUGAUCCGAUUUCCGGAUAGCAUGAAUUUCUGGAGUUUGGUGCACCGCCCAAUGGUUUCUGGAAUGGCUGCAAUUUUGUUUCCCGUUAGAAUCAACCACCGGAGCUGUGGCUGGAGGGCAUCCGGAUGGAUUCGUUCGAUCGUCUGGCAUUCCUUGAAAGAUACCAUUUGCAGGUUGGGACAUCUUCCGAUAACAGCAGGAACUUCUACAAACUUGUUUUUCGGACAAAAGAGAAUAGAAAGAUUCGGGCAAAGCUCUGGCAGGAAGUUGGGAAGUUCAGUGAGAUCCAGAUUGGCUAGCUCUAGCUUGGUCAGRGAUGAUAGGUAAUCUGCGGGUAUGGGGUCGGGAACCGAAGGGAUCGUUUCCAACAACCACUCGCGUUGCUGCUCAAUAAGUUGUUCGUCGCAUUUUGGGGAUGAUUCUGGUGACGACAUGAUUAGUGCGUGGCGUAUGGCAGUAAAAUYACGAGUGCUUGCGGUUGAAAGCCUUCCUCUUUCCUUCUCUGUUAGAAGUGCUUUGAAAGCAGAGGUCUGGUGGUUUUCUAGAAAUUAGAAAUACAAAAUAGAGAAGAAAACGAAACAAAAUGAAUUUUUCUUCCUCUCCGUUGUGUUGGUUCGUAGUACGGUAACAUACAGUAAUACGUAAGUAAUUCCGAGUAGUAGCACGAUUACGAUUACCAACAAGCAUGCGGCAUGGUAUGACUCAUAACCGUACAGUAUCGCAGCGCAGGGGUGACCCCUGCAAUAUCGUACGUACGAGUACUGUAACUACAGUGAAAAAUGUACAACKCCCAGCGACGAAAGCAAAAAGGAUGCCGGUAACAUCGCUCUCGUUCGGUAAAUUUUGGGAACUUGUGAUGAAUCACUGCAUGCAUUCCCGAGACCCUAACGCUAACUGAAAAUCAUGAUAAUAAUUACURWASUACUAAUACAGUGAUACUUUUUUCCACUUGCGGUUCAAUUCAAAAUUCGAAAUUCAAAUUGGGAUUGGUGCCAACAAAGUAAAACUCAGAGAAUCGUGUCCGAGAUUUUUUAACUCAUCAUUGCUCUAUCUUCCUUGGUUUUUGUCUGCAGUCGUCGCGGGUGCUUUUGAUAGCUUUACCCAAUGAUUUAGCUGGAUCUCCAAUGAACUACUAGCUGGACGUUAAGAGCAUGCCAUGCGACAACAGCUCGCAAACCAAUUUGGUGCAACAUGAGAAUUCUGUUCAGCAACUCUCAGAAUGCMAUAAUUUCUUAUUUUGACAGGGUUCCAUCGAGCAUAGAGCGACGACAACAACGGCAACAKCAUCGAAUUUUUGCGUCCGYAUUUAGAAUGAUAGGAAUGCAAACAUCAGCGUGAUUGUGCUUUGCUUAUAUUGCAGAUUUUGUUUACGUGCCAUUGAACCUUGAUUGCCUUCAUAAGGKAUCAAUUGUUUUCKGGUACAUAAUUCACAAAUUUUGCUAGUKUUCAUUCUUCAAGAAAUCUUGGGGCAAUUUGCUCCCGACCUGGUAUCGAAUGUUACAUGUCCGUAUCGGUUCAAAACAUCGGGAAUAGUACCUUYGUUUUGAUUCGAAGGUGAACGCCGGCUACAUCACAAUUACGUUGUCCCGGGAAUCUGGCGUUUCACAUCUCCCACAAGACUUUCGRCACUUUUUCCACACAGRUUUGCYCUUGUGUACAAAGUCGCAUUUUUCUCUUUGAGCAAUCCAUUUGCAUCUUCGCAUCUUCCUUUUCGCCUUCCAYCGGAUCCUUCGGCGCUUGUCUUUGCAAGGAGCAGGCACAAUCGGGGCUUSGCUUGGAGGAUCAGAUUUGUCAGGUGGACAAUCAAGCGGAGUCGGAGCAGCAGUUGGAUUAUCAAGAGAACUUGGGACACCACUCGGAGAUUCAUCAGGUGGACAAUCAAGCGGAGUAGGAGCAGCAGUCGGAUUAUCAAGGAAACUCGGGACACCACUCGGAGAUUCAUCAGGAGUCGGAGCAGCAGACGAAUUAUCAAGGGAGCUCGGGACACCACUCGGAUAACUCGAAAAACUAGGGAAACUACUGGGUGAAGUUGUUGGGAAGGGGACGGGAACCAAAUCUCUUUCGGGGACUUYAAAAUAUUCGACUCUGCGUUCGAAGAAUUCAGAACCGUCGUAGGAAAAUACAAUGAUGCCAUUGUCAUCAAUUGCACGGUAAGUCCCGGCUUGCAAACCAUCUCCUCUACUGUCCAAGAUAACAAAUUUGUAAUUACUACUAUAGGGCAAGCACGUCGAGGUCGUGCUGGUUGUCAUCUUUUCCCUGAAGUCGGUCUGGCCCACAAUAGCGGUCUCAUGGAUGCCGUCCUCCUCUUCUUUGGCUAUGAACCAGCCGGUGUCUUCUGGAUACUGAUCGGUCUUCAGCUCGAUGGUAUAAUUUGCGCAAGGUUCAGGCUGSUCUUCGAUAUCAUUGAAGUUUUCAACGUCAACAAUUUCGACCACGGCAUCUCGCAUUCCAUUCCGAGUACCAACGAAUCUGAUUUCAACAUCGCGGUCAUCAUUGAACUGUCYAAUCGUGUACGAGCGUCCUGGAAACAAGCUGGCAAUCUUUGUGGAAUUUCCAUACUCAGUUGGCCCCCCACCUUCCUUGCGGACGAUGGUAAUCAUAUCCCAAUCUUGGGUGGUGUUUUUAUUGAUGCCGUGCUUGCGAUUGUAUCCAAUGUAAAAGUCCUUCUCCAAUUCUGUUUGUUCCAGUCGUAGCACGACGAGCGAUUCAUUGCCAAGGGUGUCAUUUUUUGCAUCGUAGUCAGCAACACCAUUCAGAAUAAUCGACCGAAUGGAGCCAAAAUUGUCCGAAACAGGAUUAAUGGUAUCAACCCGGUCGUUGUACCAGCCAAGUUGGAAGCUUUUCGCAGGAUUGUAACACAUACUUUGGUCGUCCUUGUCGAAGAUAGUCCCCAUGAACCCUGUCUUGUCUCCGAACGCUUUGRUCAGGCCAUCCUUUAUUGCGUGCGAUGGAGCAAGGUUGAGAUUGGUUCCAACUGGUACCACAAAAAAAGGGAAGAGAGUGAGGACAAGCAAUAUAAAUUCAGUUCCUUGUCAGUGGUAGGAACAGUGGUAGGAAUGAGACAUAAAACAAAAUUGAAAGUCACUCACUCUGGUUAAGUUGCGCCGAYACGUAAGAGCAAUAUUCAUUGUUAUAGAAGGAAGAUUUUCCAUUGGGAACUCCCUGCGUCUGCCAGUCAACAAUGCCAGGAGGCAAGCAGUACAUGAUCAGAUCGAACUUGUCGCUUGAGCGCAAGUCUCCCAGUUGGGCAAAAGUAGCAGCUACUGCAGCUUCUUUGAGAGCUACAAGAGUGCUUUCCUCGACAAUUUCGUAAUCAAUCUGGACCUCGACGACGCCGUUUGUAAUAGUCACGUUCGUUUCGGUAUCUCCUGAAAAGGGCUGAAUUCUCAGUUUCCCAUACGAACAAGCUUCGAUUUGAGAUUUUAGGCAAACUUUGUUGAUCCCAAAGAUGCUACUCUCCAAUUCCGACACACUUGCAUUUGGUGCAAUCCCGUUGCCAUCUAUUACUCGAAUCGCCACGGUAUUCAAGAUUCCAAUUGACUUCGCUAAAUUCCUUCUGGGAAGCGAAGCAACGGCGUUUGAGACGCCRAUAAUGCAUAAUAAAGCUGACACGAAUACUAUAUUUGCUAAGAAGCGGCAAAUCGAAACGGUUUCGGUUCUUCUUUGUUUCAUUUUUCUGUGUGGAUGUUUUCUAUUUCGRCGGUGUGUGUGAUCUUUGACUACCUUGAAAUMUAUUCCGUCUAUGGUAGAUACAAAAUUCACUGGACACCAAUGAAAAACAAGCAAAACAAACGAAGAAACCUAGAAGCAAAUCUGUAUGACUUGGAAGAGUACCUCCGAAGGUACCGGUACAUGGCGAAGUUUCUCUAUCUCAAGUCCCAGGUUGGAAAUUGAUGUACCGUACUCUAAUGUGAUUCAGUGAGUGGCAAUACCUUGGCAUUAAUCAAAAACUAUGAAGAGA